AUGAAAUAUCAUCAACAGUUUAUUUUACAAGACCAUGGAUUUCUUUCAAGAAAGUACGAUGCAUCAAUCUAUAAUUCAUCUGCAGAAUUGCAAGAUGAUGGCUUUGAAGAAAAUGCUACGGUGACCUCAGAAAUACAAACAGAAGUGCAGAAACGAAACAGAGUUUUCAGGUAA